GAUUGGCCCCUUAGCUGUUCUCAAAAUUCCUUACAUUGUACACUUUGGCUGGCCACGCCGGUUGCGCACCUGGAUUUUGUUGGUUGACCCAAUAAUUUGACCUCCUGACGACUGUGAACCAUGGCAUUCCUCUUCGGGAGGGGCAGGGGGCGGACAAACACCAUUGACCUGGCUAAACAAGCCAAGGACCAUGUUUACAGACUGGACGGCCCCGGUGGCCCUGCGAAGGCCGAGGAACUGGCCAAAGUCCUAAACCAGAUGAAACUCGCCCUGCAGGGAGUGCCAGAGUACGAGAGUACGCCAGAGCAGGUAUAUUCACUAGUUACGGGUCUAAUAGAGGAAGACCUUCUAUUCUUACUCGCGCAAAACCUGCACCGCCUCCCCUUCGAAGCUCGCAAAGAUACCCAGGUCAUCUUCUCAUACGUCUUCCGGUUCCGGCCACCGACAGCCUCACCGAAAACGGAUCCUGUUGCACUGAGUUACGUAGUAAACAACCGACCCGAAGUACUGCUAGAGCUAUGUCGAGGCUAUGAACACAAAGAGAGCGCAACACCGGCGGGUUCUGUCUUGAGGGAAGUCCUCAAGAGCGAGGCAGCGGCCGCCAUAAUUCUCUACGAUGAUGGAGAGCAACCUGGAUCCAGUUUGAAGGGCGUUACGGCCAUUGAUAGAGAGCGACCGCAGACGGGAAAUGGAGUCUUUUGGAGAUUCUUUGACUGGAUUGACAAGAGUUCAUUUGAAGUUGCCGCCGAUGCUUUUACCACGUUCCGAGAAAUCUUAACUAAGCAUAAGGAGCUUGUACCGCGGUAUCUAGCCGUCAACUUCGAGCUAUUCUUCGAAAAGUACAACAGCAUCCUAGUACAGUCGAACAGUUACGUUACUAAACGCCAGUCCAUCAAACUACUUGGCGAGAUAUUACUCGACCGAUCAAACUACAAUGUCAUGACAGCUUAUGUGGACCGAGGCGAGCACCUGAAAAUAUGCAUGAACCUGCUGCGGAGCGACCGCAAGAUGGUGCAGUACGAGGGCUUCCACGUGUUUAAAGUCUUCGUCGCCAAUCCUCACAAGUCGAUCGCUGUGCAGAAGAUCUUGCUUAUGAAUCGAGAUAAGCUCCUCAGCUUUCUGUCCCAUUUCUUAGAGGACCGCACCGACGACGAACAAUUCAUUGAUGAGCGUGAAUUUCUCAUUAAACAGAUCAGGAACAUGCCUUCAAAUCCCGUCGCACCAACAAGACAUGCUCAACCCGUUUGAUGAAACGUGGUGGGUAUGUGAAGCCUGCUGGUAGAAGCCCAGGGGUGAAAGGAGGGUAACAACUGAAAAAUAAAAAUACGAAAAACAAAAAGAUCAGGAUAUCCGCAUGCAAGCAAAGGUUAUCGACGGAGUAGUAAUGUAGAUACCUCGUGAGGGGCCCUGAGAGAUAUAGAGAGAUGGGGGGGGGGCAUUGUCCUUAUGACAGAGAUUACAUGCAUGCAGUUAGGUGUUUAAGGCGCGGG